AUGUGUAACCAAUCAACAUCUCCUUUGAUAAAUUACACAAUCUCCAUCUACGUUAAUGGUCAGAAACAUGGCAUAGAAAAAAGUAAUUGCGUCAUUUCAAUACCAUUUGAGACAAAUUACGUCCACAUUAGCGAGAUUCAAGCAGCAAAACUGAGUCGAAGAUUAUUUAAUAUUUCGCACCCUGUGGAAUAUUUAGCAGUAAUAGAUAGUCCUAGUGUGACCGAUUUAGGACAAGAUUUUUUACUCGACCAAGAUAUAUCUAAUUUGAUGAUUUUAACAACCAGCAUAAAAACAAUAAAAGCACACACAUUUACAAAUGAUAAGUUCAAGACCGUGACACUAACAGAAAACCCAACUGAAGAACUAGAAAACGAAGCAUUUUUUAACAUGUCUGGAUUACAUGAUGUAGACUUAAGUUAUAACAACUUGUCCGUCUUCAACACUGAAACGUUUUCGAUGGUACCUCUGCUGGAAAAUUUGCGUUUGUCCAAUAACAAAAUCACUCAUUUAGGGAAACGGUCUUUUAGCUUCGUGCAAAAAGAUCACUUCAGUGUGAGCUUAGGAAUGAACAGAAUUGCGUUUAUAGAUGAAGAUGUUUUUGAGGGACUGAACAGAAGCAGUUUUGUAAUCGACCUUAGUUCCAAUUUACUGACGUCAUUUUCGGUAAAUAUUUUUCGCACGCAUCACUUUCAAGAGGUGGAUCUUAGAAACAACAAAUUGAAGAGUUUAAGUGGUGAUUUUACUGCACAUAACUUUAAGAUCGAGUUGUUACAAUUCGAAAUAACUUUGAUUCGAAAAAUUUGA